AUGGGGACCCAAAGUCCUAACCGUCCAAGUUACCCAGCAAGACCAGCUGGAACACCCUUUGCUGCUCCACAGUCAACAACGGCAACACCUUUUUCAGCAUCGGGGCCUGUGACAGGACAAGCAGUCUCUCCCUUUAGGCCCCCACCUACUCCAGGAUUUCAGCAUUUCUCGACUCCUCCAGUCAUGUCAACUGGUCAAGUACCACCUCCUCCACAUCCCUCCUUUACGAGUCCCAUCCCUUUCCCUUCACAACUUCAACCACGUCCAAUUCCCAUGGGUUCUCCACCUCAAAGCAUGAAAACAGGACAAUCCAACAUGAAUGUCCCCUUGCCAGCAGAUCAACACUCUCUGUUCGCAAGGCCGAAUGCCCAACUUCCCCAGUCUUCUUCUCGGCCAGCUUUUCCUGGGUAUGCUAAGGCACAACCAGAUUCUGUUGCUCAAGCUCCACCUAUGCAGCCAGGUAACUUCCCAUUGCAACAGGGAGGCUUUGCUCCACCAGCACCUCCAACUCCUUUUCAGGGUCAACAAAGAGGGUAUGUUCCUGGUCCUCCAAUUACAGCUCCAUCAGGGCUUUAUUCUGGGAACCAAAUUCAUCAACAUGGCCUUGGACCACCCACCACAACUCCACAGGCACUAGCAGAAGACCUUAGUUCACUCUCCCUUGGAUCCGUACCAGGAUCGUUUAAUGCAGGACAUGAUACUGGAGCUUUUCCGAGGCCAUUGGAUGGUGAUGUUGAGCCCAAGUGCUUUGCCGAGUUGUACCCGAUGAAUUGUAGUUCUAGAGUCUUACGACUGACGACAAGCGCCAUACCAAAUUCUCAGUCGCUGGCGUCUCGGUGGCAUUUGCCUUUACGGGCUGUCGUGUGUCAUCUGGCAGAAGCACCUGCUGGGGAGGAAGUUCCAAUAGUGAAUUUUGCCGCGACGGGCAUUAUUCGUUGUAGGAGGUGCCGCACUUAUGUGAAUCCAUAUGUCACGUUCGUGGACAAUGGAACAAAGUGGAAAUGCAAUAUUUGUACACUGCCCAAUGAAGUCCCAGAAGAAUAUUUUUCGCACUUGGAUGCUACUGGUAGAAGAGUCGAUUUGGAUCAGAGGCCUGAACUAACUAAGGGUAGUGUUGAAUUUAUCGCACCGGCUGAGUACAUGGUCCGCCCCCCAAUGCCACCUCUGUAUUUUUUUCUAAUUGAUGUAUCGAUAUCUUCAAUCCAGAACGGAAUGCUAGAGGUUAUGGCACAAACUAUUAAGUCUUGUUUAGACACUUUGCCUGGUUAUCCUCGAACACAGAUUGGUUUCAUUACUUUUGAUAGCACUAUACAUUUCUAUAACAUGAAGUCAUCAUUGACACAGCCUCAGAUGAUGGUUGUCUCAGAUUUGGAUGAUAUAUUUGUUCCGUUGCCCGAUGAUCUUUUAGUGAACCUAUCAGAAUCUAGAGGUGUGAUAGAGGCAUUCCUUGAUAGUUUGCCUUCCAUGUUCCAGGAGAACAUGGAUGUUGAAUCUGCAUUCGGUCCUGCUCUUAAAGCUGUAUUCAUGAUUAUGAGCCAACUUGGUGGUAAAUUGCUGAUUUUCCAGAGUUCUCUGCCAUCACUUGGUGUUGGCAGCCUGAGGUUGCGUGGGGAUGAUAUUUGUGUAUAUGGGACAGAUAAGGAGCAUACUUUACGUGUACCGGAUGAUACAUUUUAUAAACAGAUGGCUGCUGAUUUUACUAAGUAUCAGAUUGCUGUAAAUCUUUAUGCUUUCAGCGAUAAGUACAUAGAUAUAGCAUCAUUAGAAAUUAGAAAUGGAAGGAAGCAGCGCCAAUAUGUUGAAAUGCCGCGAGGUGAAUUCUAG